AUGUCUCUUCCACAUAGUUUCAUCUUUCUCUUCUCCAUCACACUCAUAAAUGGAGUUUUCUCAGAGCAAUCCAACAUCAUAUUACCCUCCGAACAACAACCAACAGAGAAACUAACACAUAUCCACUUCUACUACCACGACAUCCGAAACAACAAAAACCCAACCAUAGUACAAAUCAUCGAUACACCCAAAAACGUGCCUAAUGGAUUCGGUUCAACUUUUAUGAUGGAUGAUGCAAUGACCGAAGGACCAGAGUUAAGUUCAAACCACAUCGGGAGAGCUCAAGGGCUGUUUGGUCUUUCUUCACUUCAAGAUCUUGGGAUGUUUAUGUUGACAAAUUUUGUUUUUAAGGAAGGGGAAUAUGCUGGGAGCACUCUUAGUAUGUUGGGAAGGAAUCCUAUUUCGGAACAGAACAGGGAAAUGGCCAUUGUUGGUGGAACUGGUGUGUUUAGAUUUGCAAGAGGGUUUGCGAUUGCCAAUAGUGUUAAUGACAUUUCUACCCCUGAGCAUUUUGUUGUUGAGUAUAAUGUUACUGUUUCUCAUCCUUAA